AUGCUUCACUGAGCGCUAUGGGAAAACCUCAAAGGAAAAACUAAUUGCUGUUCGCACAUUGAAUUAAUAAAGGAAACUACAAUUUUAUUUUAUUGAUACCCAGGAUUAAGUGAUACAGAAGCAGCAGAUCAAGAUGGUAAAAUCCUUGAUAAAAUUCUUAAAUAUGGCUACCGUAGUGGACGCAAACAUAAUAAUUCAAAUGGAAUAAUUUCUAGGCUUGAUUUAAGUGUGGGAAAAUGCAUUCGUGUGAAUAAGAAACUCAUUGUCUAG